UUUCUGAUUUUUCUGUCGGGAUUUGAAGUUCGCCAUGUCUGGUAAAGAUUUCCAUCAUGUGCACGAGCCAUGCCUUGUCAUUUCAACAAGUUUGGCUGUGAGCAUAAUAGCCUCGCAAUAUACGUGAUGAGUCGUUUAUCUUACUAUUCAGGAAACCUCCAAGGUUAUCUGAGAGUAAAGGAAUGAGAUUCUCGUGACGUUUUUGCUCUAGAUCUUUGCAAAUAUAGAUUGAAGAUAAUGAGCGGUCACCUUUGAGUACUUGUAACAGCUAAGCAGGAAUAAGUCGCUCUUUGGUUUUCAAUUGUCUGGUUCCCAAAGCUGAACUCUGGAGACCUUGUUUGUUCUGGUCGCUGCAGAUCAAUAGUGAGGCGAAGGCGCACACACACGCCUGAAUGAUUUUUGUUAAUAGUUUUGACAUGAUAAGGAGUGAAUUGCAAUCGCAUUUGAUAUUUUAAGCACCUUAAAGGGCGUCGUAAUUAUUUACUCGGCGCCAUUAGUCAAGCACUUCGCUGGAGUCUGCAGGCAAACAAGUUUAAAAUGAGGUCUUCAGCAGUUGCUUUGUUAUCUCUGGCAGUGUUCGCUUUAUCCGAAGGCUUAACUACGAAGGCCGAGAUGGACUUCGCUUCUGGUUUCCUUCAAAUGCUGCGCAUGGAUCAUGCUCCGAAUGUAUCUUGCCAUCGCCACGACAUUCCACGGUACAUUAUAAAUCUAUAUAAGGGCAAGCUCGCGAAGAAACCAUCUGACUUCGAAGACACCGCUUUAGAAGGAAGCACCACGAGAAUCUUGUUCCCUCAAGAUCUUAACGAGGAAGACAACAGCAUUUCACUGCAGUUCAACCUGUCUCCGGUUAGCUUCAAUGGCAGCAAAAUAUUACAAAAUGCUGAGUUACAUAUACAAGUGUUGCCCGAAGCUCGUGGGACUGUUGAGGUCAGCAUCAUUCGCGCCGAGCAGUCAAGGGAGUCGAGGAAUAUUUCAGACGGAGAUAAAGACAUAAUAUCAUCUCGAGAUUGUCAGAAAAUGACCAAACACAGAUGGAUGGUGUUCAAUCUCACUCGAGUGUUACAAUCAGAGGUGAAGAGGCACAGGGGAAAGUUAAACGUUUUUAUUUCGACGACCCCUUCGCUCAGAAUUGGUUCAAAGGGAAAACGAAAGCCUUUCCUUGUUGUUUCCACUGAGCCAGACAAAAUGCUCAGUCUUGCAUCACGCAAUGUUCUUGGGCUAAGGACGCGCCAAUACGUGCCAAGUAACGUGACCGAGAACAUUAGCGGUGGCGUGACUACACAGGCGCAAAAAGCACGCAACAUGAAAAGGACAAGACGUUCGGAGCAAGAGGUAAACAUCUGCCGAAAACGCCGCCUUGCAGUUCGAUUCCGCGAUCUUAAAUGGAACGGAUGGAUAAUUGCACCAACUCGCUUUGGAUUUCACUACUGCGACGGUUCAUGCCCAGGAACUCUCAGCCAGGACUCUAACCCUACAAAUCACGCUAUUAUGCAGAAUAUUCUACAUCAUCGGCUCGGCAAGAAGGUGCCAGCGGCCACCUGUGUUCCAACCGAGCUUCACUCGAUGAGUCUACUCUACUACGACGAGGAUAACACAAUUGUUCUGAGAGAUGUUCCGAAUAUGGUGGCAUCUAAUUGUGGCUGUAGAUAAAUUCCCACGGUGAAUCAUCUGCCUCCGAAACUAUCAAGAUGCGGAAAAGGGUUACAAAAAAGAAAAAAAAAAAACACUGCCAGACCUUUACAGAAUGCUUGCCAUGUAUGCAAUCCUGUAUAUCGUUAGCAAAACGUUUUUGCAUAUUUUGCGUUUUCUUGUCUAUGAUAAGGGUCAAAAUUCAACUUCAGGACUGGCAGGAUGCAUUUUGACACUUGAUCCUAUAUGACUUUUUUAACGAGCGUGUUUAACGGGACUUCACUCAUUUCGACUCAUUUAUUAGAACCUCUAUGAGGUCAGAUACGUCUUCAGACGAUAAACUGACAUUAAACGGACGACGGACAUUUGAAGAAUUAAUCUGCUAAGGCCAGAUAAAGCAAGAACAAGAGUUUAAGAGUACAUUAUUUAAACCUCGGACAUGAACCCUGAAUUCUAGUUUAAUCCGGCCUUAACACUAGCAGUGCUUAGUUUUAUGGAGCCUUCCACGUGUUUUUCAACUUUUAAUAUUGACAUUGUAAAAAAAGGCUGUCAACAUUGCUGAUUGCGCUUCUUAAUUCGCCACUACUAGGGCUGAACCAAUCUUUAAUAUUUUGCGCCAUAUACUCAAACUAGACCAGUUCAGUAAUUUGAAGGGGCUCUUCUCAGGCCUGCCCACAGACUACCUAGACUUCCACUACUUAGCUAAAUUUAAAAGUUUUAAGUCUCAAAUUUAAUAACAAAACCAAACCAAAACACAAAUGUGGAAGGGCCUGUUGAGACAAACGAGGCAAGGCGACUUCGUUAUCAGAUUAGAGGGUCUCGAUGGCGUGGUGGCUUUUCCGGCUAACGGUUAAUUUUGGCAUUUUUACGGCAAACAAUUUUUUCAAUAAGUUAAAAAUUAAUUUUGAUUACUGUUAAACAUAUUUAAGGUUUGAGGACCAUUUCGGAACGGAAAACUGAUAUAACUAACAAGCCACAAAACGAGACGCAAAAAAGUCUUGAAAAGAAAUCUUGAGACUUUAGAAUUAAAAAUUCAAAACUUUCCGGUUUUUACGCUUUAAGACUGCAUUUUAUCCCGUGUGACGGCUAACGGUUAACUCCGUUAAGACCCUCUGAUUACAAUACAUUUCGAAGCCGAUUAGAUAAGGUGAAAUAAUUUUCGUAUCGAAAAGUAGAAAUACACGUAGACUGCCCAUGGCAAAUGUCAAAAAAAGAAAACAAAAUACCUGAAAUAAGACACUGGUUGAAUGCAUCAACCAAAAUAUCUGCUCGAGGAUGCCAAGCAUCAACAUUUUAGUUUAAAAAGACCAGCCUUAGCUCAAAGUGCAAAUUCUCAUUACGUACUGACAUGCAAUACUUUCAAUAAUAGUUUGAGAAUUUCGUUGUAUAUCGAAACAGUAAAUCCUGGAUGAUUUCUUUCGCUUGUCUGUGGUCCAGUGUUUGAAGAAUUAAGGUGUCAAGGGAUGAUGUAUACGAAUGGUAAGGCAAGGCUUCAAAAGCCAAAUAACUAAGGGAAAAAUGACUGAUAAAAAUAAUACAAAAAUAAAUACAAAAAAAAAAAAAAAGAAAAGAAAAAGAGAAAGAAAACAUGAAGUUCAUGCUAAACUCUCCCAAUAUUAAUUUGUUGGUUCAUUAGUGUCGCUUUUAUUUAUUUAUUUAGAUUUGAACAUGGGAUCGGAAUAAAUGACUCUGUAAUUUGGGUCUGCAGCUAAGCAUACUUCUUUAAAUGUAAGAAUACAUAAAAGAGAUUGCAACUAUGAACAGUUGAACUGUGUUUAUUCUCGUUACCGAAACCUAUACAUUAAAAACUUCAAAAGUUAAGUCCAAGCGUGGUUGAUUCCUUUUUUACAAGGCUUGUCCCUUCAUCGGCGAUGCCAAUAUUCUAUAAAUAGCUGAUAUAUUAAUAACUCAGCCAACAAAUAAACAGCUGCAAAAUUUUGUAUACAAACUACAUAUUUAAAUACUUUCUGGUGAUUUUUUUUUUAGCAAAGCAGUACAGAAUUGACUUGUGGAAAUAACAUAACUACCUACUCUUGCUUCAUUACAAACAAAGUAUUUUUGAAAAAGCUGGGUUUGAAGCAAAAUGCUUUAUUUAUAUGAUCAUUGAGUGAUCAUUUCAUUUCCUAGCAUAUUUCCUGUGCCAUAUUCAUUAUCUUAACUCUACGAUUUGAGAUUAAUAUUCAACAUUGCUUUUCGAUUUUAAGCCAAUCUUCAAGUAGCCCCUUAACCCACUUGCCCUACUAACAUAAGCCAUCCAAUAAGAAGAAAAAUCUAGCGAAUAGAAGGAAAUCAUUCAUUACAACUAAUAAAAAAUGUUCAAAUUAGGCCAACUUAAAUAGCAAUGGGAAGGAUUUCAAUAUUCAAAGUUAAUAAAAAACAACAUGAAAAUAUGCUGGAUAACAAAUAACAAUAUCACUUUCUCUGCUGUUUUUAUAUGGAACAUUUUAAAUCACUACAAUGCCUUCGGCGAUUUACACAAAAGUAAAAAUAAAACUAAAAAGAAAAAUAAUAACAAUAAAGCAGUAAAAAAGGCAAAACAGUCGAUAUUGAAAAAAAAUGAAGCUCGUCAAAUUCUAAAACACUUAAUUACUUAAUUAUUUACAUAAUCAACCUUCCUAAUGAUAUUCAAAUGAAUUUCUUUUACACACUUUAUCGUUCGAACUUAAUCAUCAGCUAAAAUCCCUCCAUAAAAAGACGAAUUACAUGAAACUUAGCUAGAACAAAAAAAAAAAA